AUGACGGCUUUGGAUCAAAUGGUAAGCCACCACCACGACCCUUUCCAUCGCCGUGCAUCGCGAGCCUCAUCUCAGACGACGUCCCCGGCCAUCCUCCGACAUCCGUUUCGCCCGCAAACGGAUGUCGCUCCCGCCGAUGCUAUGACGGAGGUCGGCCACACCGAUCUAUCGAGGCUGCUUCACUCCAAGCGACACGAGUUCAAUGCAAUCGUGACAUCGCGCAAGAGGAAGCUUCGCGAGUUCUUCGCCGUCACCAACCAGGUCGAUCCCCUACCGCAGGAUGCCUUCGCCAACCCCGACGCGCCCGCAACCACCGCUGCGGAGUGGCAGUUCCUGCAGACCAGCGAGAUAUUGCAAGGCAAGACGUUAAAUGAGCAAGCCAUUCCGCCACGGCCCUUGCUCUCGGUCGAUACGCUGAAGCGGCUCAUCUCCAAAUCAUUGCAUGAACUCUCCGCUCACUCUGCUGCACCCUCUACUCCGACCAUCGCCUCUUCUCGACCAAAGGAAGCUCUGCCUGGCCCGACGAACGAAGCACGGCAACCUCUUGGUGCUCUGUCGAAUGAGUCUAACCAUGUGCCCCCCGGGGAAAGCACCAAGCCAUCAUCCAAACCCACGAAGCCCACGCCGACGCCUCCAGCCCAUUAUACGAAUAGUGUAGAAGCCCCCACGGCAGGCGUCACUACAGCCUUUGCGCCAGCCAAACCCAUCUCUACGCCUCCAACCGCCGCUCCGGUCGCGAAAGAUGAGACGAAACAAGCUGACAAACUCACCAAUGGAGCGACCAGCGAGGAUGUGCCGCCAGAACGAAGGUCGACGCAGGUUUCUUUCCCGCCAGGAACCAAGGGUUCGCCAUCAGAGGAGCGACACGGCUUCGUGGCUACGGAUGGGGCAGUGAAAGGCCUGGGUGCUGUGGACGAUGACGGCGUGGUUGACAAAUCCCGACUGCCCCAGGCUGGACGCAACCAGGAGCUUUCUAUCAAAGUGCCGCACGCUCUCUCCAAAGUCCCGGAUGCGCUUUCCUCGCCAGGUUCAACGGCACCGAGUGCGACGACCCCUGGGAAUCACGACGUUUCAGCGGAUACGAGCCCUGAACACGAUGCUCCCCAGUAUGACGAGAGGGUAGAGCAGGAUGACGAGGAAAAGGAAGAGCAAGGUCAUGGAGCAGAUGAUGUCGUUGGACGGGGAGCAGAGGCGGAGCAAGCGAAGCCUGGGCACGAUGGAGUCGACUCAAGAACCGCUACGGUGGACGAAGACCAGCUUCUUCAAGACUCCAUUCGAUCAACGGCUGCGGCUGCAAGCCCCGAACCCAAGCUGCAUACUGAAGUCCAUGUCAAGACUGGUGCCACGGACGCCAUGCGGGAGGCCGAGCUUGGUAGUAAGCCAAGUAUGGAUGGGCAAGCCGCUCAAACAGACGCUAAAUCUUCGCAACCUGCCACAAAAGAGGUCCCUGACAGCCAAGAAGAGACCCCAGAACGAAUGGAUAUUGAUCCAGUUCAACAAGCUACCGCAUCGGAAAAGGUCGAUGGGCCUGCAUCUCAACGGUCCUCUGGGGCUCCAGCUUCUACUAACAAAUCCCCGGGCGCCACCAAGCUAUCAAUACCGAGGGAACCGGCUCCAGAGAGACCGGUGACUAGGGUGUCGUCUGGAGCCAUGAGACUGAAGUCCGUAUCCGAGAUAGUCGGGGAGACGCCGCGACCUACCAGCACGACGGAGCGAAACACGACGAAGACGCCACAGAACCAGCUAACUCCCAUGACAUCAACGCCCCAAUCCCCCCCUCCGAGGCCGAAGAGCACGGCCAAGAGAGAUAAAACCAAAGGUCAUGCUUCUACUGUCUUGUUCGGCAAACAACCCAAGCAGAUGGAGGAGAAGACGCUAGUCCCUGGCCAAAAGGAAACAAUCCAGCCAUCCGACGACUACUACACACCUCUCUUUAUCCAGAACUUCACAGGCGCCACCAAUUGGAUGCAGCCGAUCGAAAAGAUCCUCUUCCACGCGAACAAGACCAUCGCUACCCCUGACGCUUAUCUCGCCAUCCAGGAUCAUCAAGCAUGCAAAGUACUUCGCAGGGUAUACCAUCUGCAGCAGCACGACAAGUGGUCGCUGAGGCAGCCCAAGCGGUGUCCUGAGCCAACCCGUCCGCCAUCCCAUCUGGAUGUUUUGUUCCAGGAGAUGAAAUGGAUGCGGACUGAUUUCCGAGAAGAGAGAAAAUGGAAGAUGGCCGUCGCCAAGAAUAUCGCCUACGCUUGUGCCGAAUGGGUCGAGUCGACUCCCGAGGAGCGCAAGGCACUGCAAGUUGCUGCGUAUAUCCCGCCGCCGAAGACGGCUGAUGUGACGAUGGGCGAUGCCGAUGCAGACGGUGCCGAGAACCAUCCGACUCCCGACCUCGUUGCGGAAGACGCAGAUUCGCCUCAGAUUCUGGACCAUCUCAGCGACGACUUCCUGGAAACGGUUGCGCCAUCAGCCAUUUUUGCUCUACAGGAGGACGAUGUAGUGUUUGCCCUACGUCGGACGCCCGCUUCAGAUAAGCUGCUGGAGGAGCUACCGCUAUACGGCGCGCCUCUCAAGGUCCCGCGGUCCGACCUCACGGGGCCCGAGUACGAUCCGGACGCCCACUGGAGACGGCCGGCUCUUCCUCUGAGCAAAUACGUGGAGGGAGAGAUGAAGCUGUUGUCCGAUGGCCCUCCACGCAAGCGCAGCCGCUACGAUUACCUUAGCGAGGAAUCUGACGACGAGAAGGAGAGUGCCUUUGACGCAGACACGCUCGCGCACAAUGCCCGGCUCCCGCCAAAAAGCACCGAGGUGGCUCUCUUCGCCCCGGAGUCGAAGCACAUUCGCGAUCGGCUGCACGCCGGCCACCAGUUCAGGCCACCCUCCGAGCAUCCCAUGCCGCUACAGAGCUUUUACGAAUGUCGCAGCCCGUCGCAGUGGACCAUGGCUGAAGACGACGAGCUUCGCAACCUGGUACGAGAUUACUCGUACAACUGGUCCCUCAUCUCCAACCUACUGUCUACAAGAUCUCUGUUUGCGUCGGGAGCGGAGAGGAGAACACCGUGGGAAUGUUUCGAACGGUGGAUCAACCUGGAAGGCCUGCCAGCGGAUAUGCAAAAGACACAAUAUUUCAAAGCCUACAACAGUAGAAUUGAGGCUGCCCAGCGUGUUAUUGCUCAGCAGAAUCAGCUGGCGGCGCAGAGGGCUUCUCAGGAGGGAGGUGCAGUAACCCCAAUACGGCGAAGGCAGUCCACGCCCUUGAGGGUCGAGAGGCGGCGAAACCAGAAGCAUUUGACGCUCAUCGAUGCCAUGAGGAAGCUUGCCAAGAAACGAGAGACGACGAUGCAAAAGCAACAGCACUCUGCCGCCCAGAACGCGGCGAAGAAGGUUGGUGACGCGAUGGCUCAGCGACCGGGGAAGACUCCGAGGGAUUACAGUCUGCUGCGAUGGGAACGCGACCAGGCUCUUGCCAACAAGAUGACGCAGUUCGCCCAGCGGCAGGAAGCUCAGCGACGGGCCGCUCUUCAAGCCAGAGCCCAAGCUCAAUCCGCCCAGAUGGCGGCAGCACCAGGUGCAGCGGUCCCGGCUGUUCAAACCCCCGGGCUUCCUGCGGCUGUCGCCAACGGCGUGAAUGGCGUCAACAGAGCCGGUGUUCCCAACCAACUUGCUGUUGCAGCAGCGGCGGCGGCGGCGGCGGCACAGGGCCGCGCGCGCAUGCCCAUGCAGGCUCCUGCCAACGGCAUGGACGCCCUCGGUGUGCAAGCUCAGAUGGGCGGUAAUCUCGCUCCCCCGGCGCAAAUGAACGGCAUCCCGCAGGCUCAGCUGCAGGCUCUGCAGGCCAUGCAGGCCCAGCACAGGAUGCAGAUGCCCGGCCAGCAGCCUGAUGCCAGCAUGCUGAUGCGCGUCCAGCGCAUCUCGGAGCAGCAGCGAGCAGUUCAGAUGCAGCACGCGCAGCAACAGGGUGCCGUUGUAGGAACGCCUGUUCCUCAAGCACAGCAAGGCUCAUCGCCGGCCAUGCGGAAUGGAGUGCCCGCCAUUAGCCAGCAGACUUUUAUGAAUAAUGCUCAGGCCAUGAUGGCUUCCUUCAAUGCAACGAACGGCCACACUUCGGCUGCUGCGAACGGUCUACACAUGCCCACUCUUGCCAACGGCACGUCGCCUGGCCCGCCUCGACUGCCGGCCCAGAUUCCUCCCACCAUUGCUGUACAGAUCAACUCGUUGGAAGCACAGUUCAGGAGCAAGAAUCCCAACCUUUCACCGGAGCAGCUUCGACACCUUGCUACCGAACAUCUGACUAGAGCGAUGAUGCAGCAGCGUCAGAAUGCCAUGAGCGCUGCUGCUGGUGGACAGACGGGUAUUGCUACCAGCAUUACCGCUACCGCCAGCCCGCACCAAUAUGCCGCUCUACUUAGACAGCAGCAGCAGGCCCAAGCACAGGCGCAGGCUCAAGCCCAGGCCCAAGCUCAAGCUCAGGCGGCUCAGCAGCACCAGGUACAGCAUCAACAGCAUACGCCUACGCCUACCCCAACGCCCACUCCGCAGCAGCAACAGCAGCAGCAGCAGCACCCCCAACAGCGACCCCAGCAGGUGCCUCAAGCACAGCAGGCUCAACAACAACAAGCCCAGGCACCGCAACAGUCUCCGGCCCAACUUCAGGCUCAGGCACAAGCUCAGGCACAAGCUCAGGCACAAGCUCAGGCACAGGCCCAGGCACAGCAAGUCCAGUCGCAGUCGCAAGCUCAAGCCUCGCCUCAGAUACCGUCGCAUCCCCCUGCUGCAAGUCCCGCACCCGUUCAGCGCCAGGCCAGCGGAAGCGCAACGCCUUCUGCAGGAAAAUGACGACUUGGUGUUCCUG